AUGUCCUCGUGUCAUCAGAACAACAACCUUAACGAAGGUAUUAUCAAAGAGAACCACAACAAGAUCAGGAAACGAGGUUGUUCCUCGUCCUCUUCUUCUUCUUUGGUCCGAAGAUACCGAUUCAAGAGAGCUAUUUUGGUUGGGAAAAAAGGAGGUUCCAGCACCCCAGUACCUAUGUGGAAGACUAGAACAACAACGACAACAACAACGUCUCCUUCUAUGCCUACUCAACAACUUCACCAUGCCCAAUUCACUAAACCUUUGCAUUCUUCUGGUUCUGGGUUACCCUCCAGAGAAAAGGAACAUUCUGUGUCAGCUAGAAAACUCGCUGCUACACUUUGGGAAAUCAAUGAUUUGCCUCCUUCGAGGGUCAAGAAGGACUUUAAGGAAAAAUUCAGAAGCAGAGAGAAAGCUGUGAGCUUGUCCAGAUCGGACUUUUUGCUACCAUACAUGUCAGAUCCAUCGCAUAGUCCUACUUCAGAGAGAAUGAAAGUGUUUGAAGGUGAUGGCUGCAAAAGAAGAGUGUCAGCGUUAUCUCAUCAACUUCAUUCGGAUGAUUUCUACAGUGCCAGUUUAAUUGAGGAGGUAGAAAAUCAGCUAAGAAAGGAGAAGAAUUAUGGGAAAUGCACGGUUGGAAUUAAGAACCGUCUGAAGGAAGCUAGGAGUGGCCUAUCUACAUCAAAGAAGCUUCUAAAGGUGUUAAAUCAAAUGUGCCUUCGAGAAAAGCAGUCAUCAAGCAUGCCCCUUGUCUUGGCUCUGGGAAGUGAGCUUGAUAGGGUCUGCCACCAAAUUGAUCAACUGAUCCAAGAACAGCAUUCAGAACAGAAUGAUAUUGAGUAUGUCAUGAAGCGUUUUGCAGAAGAAAAGGCUUCUUGGAAAAGAAGAGAACGAGAAAAGAUUCAUGAUGCCAUAAAAAAUGUGGCAGAAGAGCUUGAGGUGGAGAGGAAGUUAAGAAGGCAAACUGAAUGGUUGAAUAAGAAGAUUGCCAAAGAAAUGGCUAAUGAAAAAGCUUCCCAUUUGAAAGCAUCCAAAGAGCUUGAAAGGGAGAAACGUGCAAAAGAGAUUCUGGAGCAAAUUUGUGAUGAACUAGCCAGAGGUAUUGGGGAAGACAAAGCGCAGGUAGAGGAACUGAAAAGGGAGUCAGCUAAAGUUAGAGAAGAGGUGGAAAAGGAGAGGGAAAUGCUUCAGUUAGCAGAUGUUUUGCGUGAGGAGAGAGUCCAGAUGAAGCUUUCAGAGGCUAAAUAUCAGUUUGAGGAGAAAAAUGCUGUCCUUGAAAAACUGAGAAAUGAGCUUGAGGGCUUUAUGAGAACUAAAGAUGAAGAAAAUGGGAAUGUUUCUCCAGAGUUUGAAAAAAUCAAGGAUUAUAAGUCUUAUUUCAACAAUAUCUGUCGGGGAUUCCGAAAUUCAGAGAAAGAGAAUGAUUUGGAUGUAGGAGAUAUUGUAGAGCAUGAAGGAGAUGAUUCAGAUGAUAGUGAUCUCCAUUCCAUUGAAUUAAACAUGGAUAAUGACAAUAGAGGCUACAUGUGGAGUUAUGCUCGUGAAAAUGUUGCUCAAGAUGACUCAAAAAGAGUUUCAAUUGAUAAAGAAAGUAUUGGGAGGAAAUCUUUCUCUGAGAAAAUUCAGUGGGGAAGCAUUUGCUUCAACAAGGGAACCACCAGUUGUAGGAAGAGGGAUUUUGGUAUAAAUAUUCAGGAAGAUUCUGAUAAUUUUGAUCCGGAAAGGUCAAUUGAAUUUCUCCCACAAGCUCGGAUACAAGAUGAUAAGGAUGAAAGUCAGAGCAAUGGGUCUAUUAUGGUUCUCCAAGACUCUAUGUCAUGUGCCAAUCCUGUUCAGAGAAAUGGUCAACCAUUAACUUUGCAGUAUACUGUUGGAGAAGCUGGGGAAAAUGGUCUUGCCUUGGAGGGUGACAAUUUGAAGCAAGAAGCUGCAGGAAGAAAAUCCGGAUGUUAG